AUGAGAUUCUAUUUCUGUCGAUUUUAUCUUGUAUAUAGUAGACAUUGGUUCGUGUUAUCAAUUUUGUUUGUUGUUAAAGUGGAUAAAGUUGUUCUAAAGAUGACAGAAAAUAAGGCUUUAGUGAUGGCGAAUGUAAAAGGACAAUUAGAUAAAUCUAAAGAACUCCAAAAAGAAAUACUUAUGGAAAAACUUCGAUCGAAAACGUCACAGUAUAAAAAUUUAAGUGAAACUUCCAAAGCUGUUCGUAUGGCUUUAUUGGAUAAAAGAUGGGCAGUGGACAAUGCAGAUCGUAUGAUUCUACAGAAGUGCUUGGAUAGCUUACAACAUUGUAUUAAAGUCAGUUCCCUACAAAGCCUUAUUGAAAGACUGGAGUGUCUGUCAAGACAGCUCGGACUGAAAUUUGUUGUGGGAACGUCAGGUGUUAACUUAUUUAUAUCAUCAGAUAUGUUUUAUUUGGAAAUAUUAGUUGAAUCAUCGGGCUCUGUGAAAGAUGUUAAAAUACAUCAUGAAGGCAAGAUUGAGCAGCAAAGUUGUGAAGAACUGGUGCAGUGUAUAUCUCGCGGUGACUUCGCCGACUUCACGGCACAACUGGAAGGACUGACAGCAGUUUAUCAGUUGAAUGCUGAAAAGAAAGUAAAAUGUAAAGCAUUCAGUGCUCUUCAAAGUUUAGAGGAAGAUUUAUGUACAUUGAGGCAGUUGCAAAGUUUCAUUAAAGAUCCAUGGGCACAGGUCCAUAAAAGUCCUAUAGGUUUUUUACAGAGAAGGAGAGGAGGUCAUGCACUACGUCUCACAUACUUUGUAUCACCAUAUGAGCUUCUGGAUAAAGAAAAAGGUCUGCAGCCCUUGACUGUUGAUUUACUAACUUCUGGUAAACCAUCUUCAUCAAGCGGAUUGGCUUCACUUGUGUCACCAUCGCAUACACCUAUCGGACACUCAGCCACAGUACUCUUAGAAGGUUCUGCGGCAAAUAAGCUCCAACUAUCACCGAUCAUUGCCGGUGGACAGCGACCAGGGAAAGGGAAUGGUCCUGUGUAUGCACAGCUUGUUCCACAGAAUAGUGCUAUGUUACCAGCAUGUUUCACUCUUAAACUGUCUCAACCGACUCCUAUGUGUGCUGGUCUUGCCAAAUUGAUACAUGCAACUACAGACGUUGAAGUUGCUGGUGAUUGGGCUAACGCUAAGCCUAUGUUGGGUCUAGUGGCCCAACAAGCUUAUAAUAAACUUGCUCCCGGUAAAACAGUUGAACUAAAUCUCAGCAAAGGACUUUUUGUCAGUCUGCCGGAGCAAUGGCAGUGUUACUUCCUAUGUGAGACAAGAGGUUUGGAUGGUUGUAUGGUGACCAGUGUUCCCUUCACUCACCCAAGUCACGUGCCACCCCUACUGUCUAUACUGAGGCAGCAGGCGCUGUUCAACGCGUUACUAGCUAGCUGCGUCAGGCUGCAAACUAAACAAGUGAUGGAGUUGGAAAGCGUCCUAAUGUUCGAAGUGAGCGCCCUCUCUUGGCAGCAUAUCUCAAUAUCUCUGGAGCACCCUGUAGAUGAGAGUAUGGCUACAGUAGAACUUGAUCUAGCUGAUCCAGCGGCACCCCGCGCCUCACUCUACACCCUCAAUUCACCUCCCAGAGAUCAUAUAGAUGAUUAUAUAACGAAAGUACUUCAGAAGAGUCACUCUAUACCAGUGACGUUAAGGUCACUUAUAAAAAUAUGGGAACGUGAACGAGCUACGAAGCAGAUAAAUGGCAGCUACUCCGCCUUGGAGUCAAAUUUUAGCUGUGGCCUGGGGGGCAUCGACCCCGGGGGUGACGUUAAACACGAACCAGGCAAUAUGCAUGGCCGGGCUAUGUACCCUGCCAAUGUUAGCCACCCACAUCAAGGAGGCACCUAUCUUUCGGAACAACAACACCACUUGUCUAUGAUGUGUCAAGACAAUCCCAGCGAUCUAAAACCCGCUAGUUCAGAAGAGCGGAAAUCAAAAAAGCGUAAAGUAGAGCCGGGUUUGUGGCCGUCUGGACAAAAAAAGGGUAAACCUGGUAUGAAUGAUAUGAUGGAUUCUGACAGCGAGAGUGAUAAUUCAGAUGGUUACGGCAACGAAGAUGAUACUAUGAACAGUAAUUCAACAAAUGAUGACAUAGAGGGUCCGUCAUCGGUUUCUCAGAAUGAAUUCGCGUCAGACUUGGAGUUGUAUGGUAUGGACACUCCAGACGCUCUCGCUGGACAAGAAAAUAGAACUUCAUCUGAUAUGGACAACUCUAACGACGGUGAUGUUGAAGAUAUAAUCAGGAAUUCUUUUCACAAGUCUGAGCACAAAAGGCAAAAACUUAAAAGCAAAGAUUCGGAGUCUAGAAGGAGUACGUCGUCGUUAUUAUUGGACCUGACUGAAGGAAAGUCGUAUAUGCCUUCCUCUGUAAGCAUAACUCCUAUAGGAUCAACUUCAUCGAACCCGCCCAGCUCGGGAUCCGGGUCCAAUAUAUCAUCAAUGUUAUGUCUCGAUAGAAGACCCGGUAUAGAAAUCAUACCGAUAACAGCAGCUCCACCGGCUGCUUUGCCCAGUUCUAUAACUAUCACGCCAAUAACAUCUUCGCAGAUAAAAUCACUCGAUGAUAGAAUGAGAUCCGACAAAAAGUCAAGCAGAUCAGGCGAGGAACGUAGUAAAGAAAAGAAAAAGAAGAGGCGUCGAGACGACUCUAUGGGCCCACCAGAAAAGAUCCCUCCCAAACAAGAUCCUUUAACCAAACCUGUAUCCGUAAGUAUUAAACCAACAGACGGUUCCCCAAUGCGUCCGACUUCCCCAAACUCCAUCUUGAGAAAAUUUAGUCCAAGUCCCACUCAAGGUAGGUCCGUAUCUAUCUCCAAAUCCCCAAGUCCCAGUAGUGUUAAGGGCAUGGGAAAACCAUCAGGUACGUCCAGCCACCACAGUAGUCCUAGACACUCACCGGUACAAAACAGUCCAAAACAUUUAACAGGGUAUUCGAGUCCAAAAAACCACAGUAUUUCGUCACCCAAACAUAGUUCGUCUGGGUCGGGAAAACCUAGUAUGUCAACUUUAAAAUCUGCGACUAGCGGCUCCCCUUCCGGGAAAUCCAGUGCGACGGGAUACGACCUGUCAAAAAAGUUAUCUAAAGAUAGUUACGGUUCCAGUUCGACUACCUCUCGCGAUAAAGAAAAGAAACAUUCCAGUUUAUCUUUUUCCAGUUCCGAUAGAAGCAGUCCCAAAUUAAAAAACCCAAUGAAAUUGAAACAGUUAGAAAUAACUCCGGUCUCUUGUGAUAGUCCCGUAACAGAGCCUUUGAUAUCCCCGUCUAACAUAGAAGUUAAUAAAUCUAACGCUCCAAGCCAAGCCCGAAACAGGAAAGGUUCUCUCAGUGCGGUAAUUGAUAAGUUAAAAUCUGCUCAACACUGUGGUGCAGAAUCAGAGAUUACCAUAAAAUCAAGUUCAAGUAGUAGUAGUAAAUUUUCAGAUCCAAAAAGCAGUUCUAGUAAUGUUAAAAUAAAUGAGAGUAAAAAUCAAGAAUAUAUGGUAAAACCCAGUCUCGAUGGUAUGAAGAUAACAAUUAACAAAACACGAUCAAAAGAAUCAUCAAGUAGUAGUUCAAAGCUAAAUUAUUCGAGCUCAAGUUCUAGUAAACAGUCAUCACCCCAACUCACUCCGCCCAGCCAAGGUUCGCCAAAAACUCACACUGGUCUGAAACCCGGUGUAAUAAGUGGACCGGCUUCAAAAAAGACUCAAGUUAUGCAGUCAUCCAAAUCUGCUAGCAUAGCAUCAGGCUCCACACCUACUAAAGCCAAUUUGAGUCCAUCCGAGCAGUCCGGCUCUAAUAGCAACAAUACUCAAAAAGUGCCUUAUACCAAAUCAAGUAGCAGUUCCACUGGCAUCAACUUAUCUUCGAAAUCGGUAUCAAAAAGUUCUGGUUCCCCAAAAAGCACUAGCUCAGAUCUUGCUAAAAUCAUGAAAGAACGUGAAAAAGCUAGAACAAAAUUUCUUAGCAAUUCCGAAAAAUCUAUAUUUACUUCAAAAUCUGAGCGUCACUCGAGCCCAAGUAGUUCUAGAGAUGAUGUAGACGGUGACAGAUUUAAAAAUUCUAAAGAUGCCAAUUUCCUAGUCGAAGGUUUAAUGAAGCCACUUGAUACUAGUAAAUUUCAAAUACCCAAAUUGAAAAAUCAAAAUACUCCCGAUAAAAACAGUCCCGUAUCUCAGUACGACAGUCGUUCCAUGGUUAACGAUUUUUCCCGAUCUGUAGAUCAAAGUAAAUAUCCCUUUCCCCACUACGAUAACUCGAACAGGAAUAUAGAUACUCUUCAAAAAUCAGUAUAUCCCCUCAACGUGCCGAAACCUUUAUUAAACAUGGGUGGUAUAAGCCCGAAAACUAUAGUGGCUGGUAAAAGUGACCAAUCAGAGUAUUCCAAAGCGAUGUCAGAUAGCAUAGCGAAAGGAGAGAGUCCGCAACGCAUUAAAGAUGAAGUGAAAGAGGGUUAUUCGGGUGCAUACCCAUUGAUGCCGUUAGAUUUUAAAACGGAUAUGGCCAAGGGGUUUCCAGCGCCGAAGGGAAGUUCGGAGGAUAGGAAAGGCGCGGAUUCUUGUAUGAAGCCACCAGCUAGUGGGACGGUGGCUCGUAGUGGGGCUACAACACCUCAGGAAGCUGCAGAAAUGUUAUUAGACUUCUCUUCGUCGUCUGGUAGUAAAGUAUCGGGUGUGGUGUCCGUCCGUCCAGUGUACCCGGCCUCGCCAGCCUUAUUACAAUUAGCGAAGAGCCCUGCAUCAUCACCUCUAGUAGCUCCUUCCCCACAUUCCAAUUCUCCUUGCAUCACCGACGACGAACUCAUGGACGAAGCUCUGGUGGGCCCCGGGAAAUAA